CUCUCCAGCCAGGUUACAACCAUCCUUGUGGAUACGUAGACACUUGUUUCCUCUACUUCAUUUACAUUCCUUCUGGCGACAUAAUGCCGCUAGUCGUGCUUUCAGGACAGCCAUGCAGCGGCAAGAGCGGCAUAGCGUCGAAGUUGGCUGCGUUAUUCGAACAGGCGGGGUUAACCGUAGAGUUGAUAGAUGAGCCGUCGCUGCAUCUCGACAGGAACGCCGCAUACUCCGGCACCGUCAACGAGAAGAACACACGCGCCAAGCUGAGGUCGGGAGUGGAGCGGGUGGUGGGGCGCAAGGGCGUCACGCUGCUGGACUCCAUUAACAACAUCAAGGGCUACCGCUACGAGCUGUGGUGCGUGGCUCGAGCGGCGGGCACCCGGUACUGCAUGGUCCACGUAGACACCGACCUAGCCACAUGUAGGGCCUGGAACGAGGCGCGACCCGAGGGGGAGCGGUACCGGCGGGAAAUCUUCGACGACCUGGCUGGGCGUUUCGAGCGGCCGGACGCACGGAACCGCUGGGACGCGCCGCUGUUCACAUUGCACCCCGCAGGUGGGGCGGGGGGAUGGUGCGUGGGAUUGGCCGGGCCGUGACAAGCAGCUACUCAGGAGGCGUGUAGGGGUGUCCCUGGCUUGAGUGCAG